AUGGUUGGAGAUGCAGAUCAUUUAGCCACUGUGCUAAAUGUUCGAAGCAAAGACUCAGGUAGGUUUAUUAUCAGUGGAUUCCCUUCAGUAAUAGUUACACAGAGCCAACAGGAGUUAAUUACACCACCCAUGUAAUUUACUUGCUCUUGAUCAGGGAUACUAAUCUCCAAGGCUAAAGGUGGCACGGAAUUCAAUGAAAAGAAGCAAUUUGCCCUGUUCCUUUCCACUGGUGCUAUCUCAUACUUCUCCAAUCCAUUGCUAACCCUUGCUUAUCCAGCAAAGGAAAAAGAGGAAAUAUAUAUAAAGACAAUGCAGAUUUGAGCUUUAAAAUAUGCUUUGUGCGUGUGUGUGCACGUGCGUGUUUUAACGUUAUGAUUUAGUUCCAAAAUGUUGUGCCUCAUUUAGAAUACCUUUGCAAAUUCCACUUGCUUGUUCACCUAGGGUGAAUCGUGACCAUUCUCAGGUGAGUACUCAGCCAUGCCUGAUGUGGCAACGCAGCUGCACGUGCUGUUUGCCACAGUAAUGCAUGCAGGGAAAAUCUCUGCAAUGGAGGUUGUGCAAACUUUUCUCAUGAUGGAGAGGUACUAAGUUCUUAACAUGGCAAGUGAGAGGCUAUCAUAAUAUUUGGUUUUCUCCUCACAUCUCAAGAGAUAUGCAUGUAAUACAAGAGAGAAGCCAUUCAGUCUUGAAUUAGUUGAACCUUAAGACAGGUGGUGUAAAUAUUUGGUGGUUUGAUGGAAAUGUCCAGAGACAGCUCUCAAAAAUGGGAUGAGCAAGCCCAGCAACUGUUGAAAUAAAUGAUGGAGCGCAUUCAUGGAGGAGCCAUGUGUGUGUGUUAGAUGUGCAUGGUAGUGGUUUUUCAUGAAUUCAGUAUGUGUAAUUUUCUAUAUGAAGCACCUGGAAACCAACCAUAAUGAGAAACAGGUAGGUCCCGAACCAAUGGAUUCAAAUUUUAAGAAAGGAGAAUCUAACUAGACAUUAUGAAUCAGUUUCUGAUGGAAAGAGAUGUUCAACAGUGGAACGCACGACCUUGGAAGGUGGUAUAUUGCACUAAUCCAAUCUUCAUGUUACUUUCCUUAAUCUAGAAUCACAGAAUUGUAGAGCUGGAAGGAUCCUAAGGGUCAUCUAGUGUCCAACCCCCUGCAAUGCAGGAAACUCCCUGUUUCCUUCAAGCACACUUGGCAAUCCACUGGCUGUUGCCCUUAUCUCAGUGUUGUGACAUAGUUUAGUGCUGUGACACUGUUCAAAUGUAUGCAUUGAAAUACAGACAAUCCUUGUUUUGUGCAGAGGUUACAUUCCAGACCCAUGUGUGUGUUGGCAGGGCCCACGUAACGCCUUCAAGUUCUGUCCCACCCCAGCCUCAUUCCUCACAUUUAGUGACAUUUUCAGGUCACUUCCUGGUUCAAUGCUAUGUGCGCAUUUGCAAUAGCACGUCAAUCGCACAUGCAUCAAUUGCUCAUUGCCUGUAUGCAUUUUCAUAAUAAAGUGCACAUUUAAAUACAUGUAUUGAGGGGGCGGGUUUAAUAAUAUACACAGAUUAAUGCGGAUUCAGGAGGGAGAAGAAUUAUGCAUAAGUGCCAGAGAAAGUGUAAUGGACCACAAACUGGUCGGGUGAUCCAUGCUGCAAAGAGCUCUGGAUAAGUAGCUUGAUGAUCCUCAGUAUUCAUCCUGCUUGAAAAGGCAUUAAUCACUGGAGCUAGGCCAGCAGUGCUCUGCCAAUACAGUAUGAUCAGUUUGGAUGGAUUUGCAACAUGAGAGUUUAUUAGAAAUUUAAUAGGUGACCAGUCUUCAGAGAGAGAAGCAAAAAUGCAUUGUGACAAGCUGGUCGAUGCUACAGUAUAUCACCUCCCUUCCAUUGACAGAAGUCAGCAAACACAGAUGUCAAGCCAUGUUAUUCCCAACCUUCAUCCACUGGAAACAUCUGGCAUUUCUGUGCCACAUGGCUGUCACAGAAGCGUAGAAUUAUCAAGAUGGAAGCUACCCCAAAUGCCAUCUAGUCCAUCCCCUUGCAAUGGAAGAAUCUCUAACAGAUUAAACAUGGCAGAUGGCCAUCCAACCUCUACUUAAAAACCUCCAAGGAAGGAGAGUCCACCACCUUCUGAGGGAAACUGUUCCACUGUCAAACAGCUCUUACUGUCAGAAAGUUCUCCUGAUGUUGAGUUGGAAUCUCCUUUCUUUCCACUUGAAUUCAUGGGUUCAGGUUCUAAUCUCCCGAGAUGGAGAAAACCAACUUACUCCAUCUUCCAUGGAGGGUCAUCUAAAGGGAUGACCCUUUAGAUAUUUGAAGUUGGCUGUCAUAUAUCCUCUCAGUCUCCUCUUAUCAAGGCUAAACAUACCCAGCUCCCUCAACCAUGCCUCAUAAGACUUGUUUUCCAGACUGUCACGGUCUGGUUCACAGGGUGGGGAUGUCGGGGGCGGGGGCAAGAUGGCGGGGUAGGAGCAGGAAUGGGAGUCCAGAAGCCAGGAGUCAGGAAGUCAAGAGUCCAAGGGUCAGAGAGCAGGGAGUCAAGAAGUCAAGGGUCCAAGGAUCAAGAAGCAAGGAGUCAAGGAACCAAACUCAGCAAGGCAGGUAACGUGUUGCUGUGGCAAAAAGCCGAAGGGAAAAUGCUGACCUUAUAUCCCUUCCCGGCUCUUGCCACCAAGUGCUGUAAGUUACCAAUCGGCCUCACCUGUGCAGCCGCGCCUUGCCUCUUCAGAACAAACUUAGGAAGGCCCCAGGCCUGCAAAGUCCUACUGGUCACAGGACCUGACAACUGCACACACUCCUGACAUAGACCCUUGAUCAUCUUGGUUGCCAGCCUCUGCAUAUAUUUCAGCUUGUCAAUACCUUUCUUAAAUUGUGAUGCCCAGAACUCAACACAUUACUCUAGGUAUGGUCUGACUGUCCGUGCUCCUGAUGGGCAUCCUGGAAGAACAGGAAGCAAUCCAGGAGCAAAUCGCAUAAUAAGAUUAGCAAAAACCAGACUGAUGGUUUUUCUUCAUUUUUUUCAAGGGCAGAAGUAAUUUUUCAUGAGUACUUCUGUUAUUGUUAAAUAUUAACUAGGUCCUAAGUGUGCACUCUGCAUCACUCAAGGCAGAAAAUACUUUGCAAUCUUAUCCUACACAAUUAGUUUCCACAGCAUUUGAUGGCUGGGGUCAAGUAAGCAGGCAGCUAUCUUGUCAAUGCAGAUAGCUUGGGAGGAAGAGCAGGAUAGAAAUUUAAUAAAUAAAGGAAAUAAAAACACCUCACAGAACAAGCACAGCCACUGCAAAGCUCCUCACUAUCAUCGAACCCACGUGUGCUUCCACACAGAAAAGAGCCACAGAGUCUUCAUUAAGUGGGGAUUUAUUUUAUUUUUCUAUUUUUUGUUAAUACUUCUGCAAAACCAACACAACAUUCUACUUAUCAAUCAAGAUUGCACUGCAAGUGUGGCAAAUGCAAAAUGUUUAAUUUGGCAGCGCUUUCCGCAAGACUACUGGGAAUGUAAUGCCCAUAGUAAAAGACCUUGAAAAUCCUGUAAAAAAUAAUAAUAAUUGAUUAAAAAAAACCCUGACAUCAUUUGUUAGGAUAACUGAACUCCAAACUCUCUCAGGUGCAUGAAAUUCCGCAAUUUCACAUAGUUAGCCCUUCACAUAUUUCCACUAUUUAUUUCCGUAUCGACUGCCAGGAGUUUGGAUUCCUUGCCAGCAGCGAAAACAGUAAUGAAUGUCUCAGUUAAUCAACAAAAGGUCUUCCCAGAAUGAAGUUAUGGGUAAUUUUAAUUGGUGGAUCAAUUUAUGAGAACUUUGGUUAGCUUGGUUCUGAAAAAAAUAUUCAGUUCCUCUCAUUAGACUGAAAACAGUUCUGAAGAAUUUCUGCACUCCAACGGGACCCUUUUUGUAAGAAAUAGCCAAUCUGUUUAAAAACAGAAUAGGAAAAUCAUCCACUUAAACGCAAAGUGCCCCAAGUGAAAAUUUCAGCUGCUCUGUCAAAGGAAUAAAAGUCAUGUUUGGAAGGGUUUUGAUCUCUGACAACCUUAUUUUUGCUCCCUCUCUGCUCUAUCUGAAACUAGGGCGGGGAGAGGGAAGCAGAAAAACCUCAUUGUUUUUGAUCAGAGGAAUAAAGAAUUGAAGGAUUUCACACAAAAGCUCUCACUUGAGGGUAACAUACCCAAUCUGGUACAUAAUGAGUUUUAUGGUAGUUUCCCCAAAACUUUAUGCCUUUGCACAGGCAAAUCAUUCUGUCAAGUUGCAGUAUGAAAAGCCCUACCUCCGCAGCUGCCCACCCCCUUCCUCAUAUAAAACAUUUCCCAUACUGUCAGAAAAAUGCAAUAAAACACUAGCUUCUACUAAUUUCAAAACAACAACAACAACAACAACACCCAAAAAACAUUUCACACUAUUUCUGGGAGCCUCUGUAUCAGCUGAAUUGAAUAGAAACAGUCUAUGCUAAUGCUGGCUUUCUGAAAGAAUUGUUAGGACAGCAUUGGCAUAGGAGACAACUCCUAGGAGCUGAGGUCCUUUUGCACACACCCCAAUAAAAUAUUUGAGAGGACUACCCCCCCAAAGUUGAUGGGCGUUGUCAUUCAAACAGUGUGUGUGCAUCACGUAUGGUGAUCGAUUAUGCCAAAUAUUUUAUUCAAGUUGGCACCAGGGGCAUAGGAAGGGGGGCGGGGGUGGUGGUCUGCCCCUGUCACCCUGAAGGGGGGUAACAAAAUGGUGGGCAGCCGAGGGCUACACUCACUGUAGGGUGGCCGAAGGCACGUGCACACUUUUGUUAUGGGAAGCGCUCAAGUGCUGUCCAUAUCAGCAGUGCUCAAGCGGUGCUGUCCAUAUCAGCGCUGCACAUGAACUGUUCAUAUCGGUGUCAUGCAUGCACCGCAGGGCGGUUAGGUUUCUGUUUGUGCCACUGUGCAGUGCAUGGAAUCACAAGACUCUGUUUACAUUCCAGUGGUUCCAGACUGUUGGAAGUCUCACGGGAGACUGGAGAUGGAUGUUGAUAUUACUGGUUUCCUGUUUCUUUGUACCAGUUGCCUCUCUGCUUUCACAGAGAGAGGAUGCAUAUUUCUUUUCUGUCUGUGUAGUUAGAAAUAAAACUCUUAGCAAUGUAGCUCAUAUUUCUCAUCUUCCUGCUGCUUGGAUACUCUGCAUAAUGAGGGAACGUGCCUGGAUCCUCAUCAAAGGCUCUGGUCGUUAAUCACCGUCGGAGGACUCGACCGGAGGAGUAGCUCGGUCAAACGCAAGUUCCGACAGUUCACCCCGCCCCUCAACACCUCGCACUGGGUGCUGGUGAGCCUUCCUUCGCCACUGGUUGGCACUGCUGAACAUCAGUCAAUUAAUUUUGAGAGGGAUCAGCCCAGCACUAUAAUCUGCCCAUUGCUGGCAUGCAGCCCUCAGAGAACUGGCUAGGGGUGAACAUAGCCUUCUGGUUAAAAAAGUUUUAGCCACCCUGUUUGUAGACAAUAUUGAGUUAGGUGCCUCCACCUGGCAAUUGUUUGAUUCAUUAUAAAGAGGCUUCCGUGUCUCUACCUUCAUUUGGUUCUGCUUGUCCACAGUGAUAACCAAAUGUUUCAGCAAGUCUGAGGGUGAAGGUGUGCCUGGCCGCUUCCAUGUCUUGUUAAAAAAUAAAGGCAGAGGGAAUGGAUUCAAAAACCCUGUGGGAUUCCUGAUGAUGUCAGCCUGAGUGAGUUUCUAGCCUUUCAGGAAAACAACUUGCUUUUCUGAAAGCCAAGCCUAAAUGAAGGCUGGGGAAAGGUUUAGUCCGUCACUAAUUUUCAUUAAGGGAAGGGAUGUUUACCUUAGGAAUACAUGCCUAAUACAAAAGACCAUUUAUAAAAUAAUAGAAGAAGAAGAAGAAUUGAUUUAUUACUUAUAUCCUGCCCAUCUGGCCUUCAGAUGUCUUCUAAAAUUCAGAUAGUUGUUUAUUUCCUUAACAUCUGGUUGGAGGGCGUUCCACAGGACAGGUGCCACUACUGAUAAGGCCCUCUGCCUGGUUCCCUGUAAACUCACUUCUCACAGGGAGGGAACCACCAGAAAGCCCUCGGAGCUGGACCUCAAUGUCUGGACUGGACGACGAGGGUAGAGAUGCUCCUUCAGGAAUACUGGGCCAAAGCCAUUUAGGGCUUUAAAGGUCAGCUCCAACACUUUGAAUUGUGCUUGGAAACAUACUGGGAGCCAAUGUAGGUCUUCCAGGACUGGUGUUAUAUGGUCUCGGUGGCCACUCCCAGUCACCAGUCUAGCUGCCGCACUCUGGAUUAAUUGUAGUUUCUGGGUCACCUUCAAAGGUAGCCCCACAUAGAGCACAUUGCAGUAGUCAGAUAGCCAGAGCACUCUGACAAGACAGCCGGCAGGCAGGGAGGGUCUCAGCCUACGUACCAGAUGGAGCUGGUAGACAGCUGCCCUGGAUACAGAAUUGACCUGCGCCUCCAUGGACAGCUGUGAGUCCAAAAUGACUCCCAGGCUGUGCACCUGCUCCUUCAGGGGCACAGUUGCCCCAUUCAGGACCAGGGAGUCCCCCACACCCACACACCCACUCUUGUCCCCCCCAAAAACAGUACUUCUGUCUUGUCAUGAUUCAACCUCAAUCUGUUAGCUGCCAUCCAUCCUCCACCUGCCUCCAGGCACUCACACAGGACCUUCACCGCCUUCACUUGUUCUGAUUUGAAAGAGAGGUAGAGCUGGGUAUCAUCCACAUACUGAUGGACACCCAGCCCAACCCCCCUGAUGAUCUCUCCCAGCAGUUUCAUGCCCUCUUGAUGCUAUGGGGCUACAACUCCCAUCAUUCUUGCCGGCUGGGACUAAUGGGAAUUGUAAUUCCACAGCAUUUGAAGGUUGCAGUGUUGCUUACCCCAAUCUCAAUAAUUGGUGUUUGGUUGUUUUCCUAUCCAGGGCCGGCCCUGUCAUGAGGCAGAGUAAAGCAAGGGCCUCAGGCAUCAGAUGCUGAGGAAGAGAAGGCUCAGCAGCACCAGGCUGUUCCAUUUGCCUCACAGUUUCUUCUGGGACCCCUAAUCUGACCUCAUAUGGUAGAAGAUGCUAUCCUGUCACUGAUAUCAAAGUAAGAUUCAGCUUUCGGUCCGGCCAGCUGGAGGGGGUGUCGUCCUUUGCCUUAGCAGCAAAACGUCCUAUGGCAGCCCUGUUCCUUCCCUGAGAGUCUAGGAAGCAAAGAUUAGAUUUUGGAUCUCAACACCUGACAAGUUUGAGUGUACUUCUUGUCCUAGACAAUAAAUCAGGGUUUUUCUAAAGUGGUUGAUAUUGAUCCUCAAGGCUCAAUUGGACUGUGCUAGGGGAUGAAUAAAGACCUAGGGGUUGAAAGGGAGUCAAAAGGGGCCUAGGGAUGGAAAAGAAGUUUAAGUAGUAUAAUGCCAAAAAGAAAAAAGGAACUAUGAGCCUCAGAAAUAAGGGACACGGGCAGGUAGAGUGUGCACUUCCAUUGCCAGUGACAAACAUCUGUGUUUAGUAAGAUCACAAUACAACAGUUUUCCUUUUUUCACAUUUUAUAACUCUUAGUAAUAGAGAUGGAUAAUUAAUAAAUGUUGAUAUCUCCUGGCUUUAUUUCAUUUACAUUCCUAAGAAUAUGAGCUUGGGUCCAUGACAACUUCAUGAGCUCACCAAGGGGUCAGUGAAGUUUGAGAAACCCUGCCAUAGAUGAUAAAUGACUUUACAGAUUCCCAUUGCUGUUAUUAGUAGCACAACUCCAUAACCACACAGUCAAAGAAAAUACAAUCUCCUCUGAACUCUAGGGAUCAGAGAUCAAUAAAUCUAAAAUCAAGUAAAAUAACUUUAGUAAAGGUCUGGGGAAAACAUUCCUCGCACCCAGCAGGAAGUCUUGUCAACAUUUAGAACUUAAAUUGAGAAUAUUUCUUUAUUACCACGAGAGAGGGGAAGGAAAAAUCCAUAUCUUCUGAGACUAUGCAUCAUGAAUUAUUUUGCAGCAUUUCAAUUUAUGAAUAUUUCUUUUCUCACUUGUUUUUUUAAUAUAUUUUUAUUCCAGUUUUAAAGAUAAGUGCCGUGCAGCCUCAUUGGCGCGUCUCCAGAUACACGCUCGGGAAGCCAAAAUGUGUUGCAGUGCAGUGGAAGAAGAAUUAUGUAAGAGGCUUUUUGAUUGAUUGUCUUUGCCACUCAUAAAUAAAUCAGUUGUAAGAUGUGUACAUCCCUCACAAUUUCCAGAUGAAGAAGAGGAGUUCAAACAAGGUGUUCUUAUAUUUGCAAGUGGAGCGUAGUUUUGCCCACAUAAUUCUUUAAAAAAAAUAAAAAUCAUCAUCAUCCCCUCAAGAGAAAAGCUCUAAUCUCUUUGCACCAAGGUGUCUGAAAACACAAUGGAAAGAUUUUAGCUGUAUACCCAAGAAAGAGGCAGGUGGUCAUUUUGCAUCGUCUGGGGAAAAUAGUCAAGGACACAGAAAGAACCUUGAACCAGAGUAUUCAGGGAUGUCAGGAGAAAAUUGUGUACCAACACUCAGCCUUAACUAAGAGAAAACUCCAGGUAGAUCAGACAAAACUGACACCUGAUGAGGUGAUGCUCCCUGACCACUAUGGAUCCAGGAUACAAGCUUCCUUUAUCCUUGCUUUGCCUGAUCUCCAUCUUCAGCUGUGCAGGAGCCAAGUUUGACACGUAAUAUCCUAUAGCUCUUAAUUACAAAGCAGUGGCAGGUUGCCCAGUUCCAUCCCAUGGGCAAGAGCGCUUUGAUGCAGAGACUCAGCCAACCAACAUGGCAGCCCAGAAGCAUUCAUUGGUAUAUUUAGAAUACCUACUUUGCAUGUAACACUAUGCCAAGUCCAGCCAACUCCGUAUUCCAUUGGCACUACUGCUGUGAAACAGACAUUGUUUGCUUGCAGAGAGAGCAAAGGCACUAUGAUCAAUUGAGGAAUGCCAUGUUCCACAAACUGGUGUAGAAUUCUAAAUGCAUUCUAUUCAAGUUACUGCGAAGAGUGCAGGGACACAUGUUGAAGGCUCCACAAACUCUCCCAGCUCACUAAGCCCUGUUACUCCUUCAGCUUCUGACACCUCCUUUUCCUGGGCUUCUCCAUCUUCUCCCUCUGACCGUUCAUUGUCAUCCCACCAUUCUCUGGGCUCUGAGUCUUCUGCCCUUCUGCCCAGCGGCUUCCUCCCUCCAUCCCUCUGCAUUCAACUAGUCCCUGACCUUCUAGGUCAUAAAGCUAUUGUGUCCUGGACAUUAUCAUCUGCACUGGUGAAAGCUAUAUAGAUGGAAGGGGCAGACCUCAGGCCUAGGAGCCAAACACAGCACCCUAGGCCUCUCCAUUUGGCCUUCAGGACCCUUCUCGGGCCACACCCCCUUCCCAGCCAAACCUGCAAUGGCCUCCUUGAGGGUUUUUACCUGGCUUGAACGUGUCCUUGAGCUCGAAUGCGGGAGGACAAAGCGUGCUGUUGAAGUAUGCAUAGAAACUAAGCAACUGUAAAAUGGCAAAAUUUGCAUUCAGUGCCACAUCCACAUAUGCCUCUGGUCUCACCCACGACUGGCAAGCGCCCCUCAGGAAGUUGCUCAGAAGAAAACACAGCCCUCAGGCUGAAGAGAAUUCCCCACUGAUAUUGGUUGGACGCGGGUGGCGCUGUGGUCUAAACCACAGAGCCUAGGGCUUGCCGAUCAGAAGAUCAGCGGUUCGAAUCCCUGCGACCGGGUGAGCUCCCGUUGCUCAGUCCCUGCUCCUGCCAACCUAGCAGUUCAAAAGCACCUCAAAGUGCAAGCAGAUAAAUAGAGGAAGGUAAAUGGCAUUUCCGUGCGCUGCUUUGGUUCGCCAGAAGUGGCUUAGUCAUGCUGGCCACAUGACCUGGAAGCUGUAUGCCGGCUCCCUCAGCCAAUAAAACGAGAUGAGUGCUGCAACCCCAGAGUCGGCCAUGACUGGACCUAAUGGUCAGGGGUCCCUUUACCUUUACCUAUUGGUUGCAUACAUACCAUCCAUUUAAAGCACAUGACACCCCCAAAUAAUCCCAGAAACUGUAGUUUGUUAACAGUAUUGGGAAUGGCAGCUCAGAGAGGCAAACUACAGUUCCAAGGUUCCACUGGGUGGAGUCGUCUGCUUUAAAUGGAUGGUCUUUCUGGAGCCACAGACAACUAAUGGCUCCAUAAUACUUGGAGGAAUGCAUCGCCUCCUAAAGCAUCACUGAAACCAAAUCUUGCUUGGAGAUCCUGCCUGUUGAUUUCACAGAUCCAGGAUAGGAUGAUGCCUGUCUCUGCCUGCUGUGGGAGAAAAUGAGAAUCCUGCAAGUAUAUUACAGUGUGUAGACAGAGGUAGGCUGUGUAGGAUGAAUAGAGCAGGCAGCAAAGUGACUGCAUAUUCUGCUAUUUUUAGGAAUUUAUGGGAAGAGAAAGGUUUGCCAGCAGUAGCCCCAGGAGCACAGGGAGGCAGUGGCGAAUCUUGCAGAUUCCCCAUAUGAGGCCCCUGACAUCACUCUGGUUUCACACAGCUGUAGAUUGCAGGAUUGCAUACCUAAAGUCAGUGUGGUAGAGCACAUGUGUUGCAUGGAAAGUGGACCAGGAGCUGGAGCUGGUUUCUCCAGUUAUCUGGGAAAAAACCUUGGAGAGUUGCUCUCAGUCAGCACAGAAAAUGUUAAGGUGACCAAUGCCUGACUUAAGGUAGCUUCAUCUGUUCAAGCAUACCAAAGAUAAGUUGCAAGAAGAUAUGCGGGCCUCUAGAAAUAAAGGGACCUCCAGCUAGAUUAGUUAGAAUGAGUGUAGAAGCUGGUGGUUUCUUGGUUUGUUUUUAAAAAGUACACCUUGCUUCUUUCAGUUGCACAACAUGAUGUUGUGGUUUGUGCAAAACCACAGCCUGCCCUGCCUCGCCAGCAUCUAAGGCCAACCUUCAUUUCACUCUAUAGACUUUAUGCAUAAUUAGGGACAUUGCUGGUCCCCGCUGAUUCAUCAGUGAAAUGUGGACUUGAAUAAUUAAGCCGCAGUUGGGCGGAGGCAUCUCUUAAGAGCCAGAAAGUACAGAAGGCAAUUAAUGAGUUUCAUUAUUUGGUUUGAGAAAAAACAACUUCUUCACGUUUUUUCUUUUCUUCCAGGAGGACAUCUUUUCAUGGCUUCCAGCACACAAAUGA